AGUGAUUGAUCACCAAAGAUUACUGUGGCUUUAAUGGUUCGCUUGGAUGGGAAUUAAUUCUGGAAUGGAUAAAUAAUGCAUCGGGGUUUGUGUAGUUCAAGGCAAGCCGGAGCCGGGAGAGAGAGGGUGACGCCAGUGGCCACCCGGCGAACCGGGCAUGAAGGGCGACUGGCCAAGAGGAAGAGAAAAGGGAAGUGGAUGGCAGCAUGAUCCGCCCAGCGGGUCUGGCCAGGCGGCUGCAGGAGCAUGCUGAGCCCAAAGAUCAGACAGGCCAGGAGGGCUCGCUCAAAGAGCAUGGUGAUGGGGGAACAGAGCCGGAGCCCUGGGCGGCCCCCAGGCCCCCGACGACUGGGCCCAGUGCUCAAGGCCGGCUGGCUGAGGAAGCAGAGGAGCAUCAUGAAGAACUGGCAGCAACGCUGGUUCGUGCUGCGCGGGGAUCAGCUCUUCUACUACAAGGACAAAGAUGAGAGCAAGCCUCAGGGAUUUAUUUCUCUACAAGGGACCCAGGUGACAGAACUACUUCCUGACCCGGAGGACCCAGGAAAACACCUCUUUGAGAUCAGCCCAGGUGGUACCGGGGAGCGGGAGAAGGUACCGGCCAACCCCGAGGCGCUCCUGCUCAUGGCCAGCUCCCAGCGUGACAUGGAAGACUGGGUGCAGGCCAUCCGCCGGGUCAUCUGGGCCCCGCUUGGUGGAGGUACUGCCCGUAGUUCGCAUGCCCACCCUGUAGAACCCUUGCCUGCAGGGAUCUUUGGGCAGCGCCUAGAGGACACAGUGCACCAUGAGCGGAAGUAUGGCCCCCGCCUGGCGCCCCUGCUGGUGGAGCAGUGUGUGGACUUCAUCCGGGAGCGAGGACUCAGUGAGGAGGGGCUCUUCCGUAUGCCAGGCCAGGCCAACCUGGUGAGGGACCUGCAGGACUCCUUCGACUGUGGGGAGAAGCCACUGUUUGACAGCACAACAGACGUGCACACUGUGGCCUCCCUGCUGAAGCUCUACCUGAGGGAGCUCCCCGAGCCCGUGAUCCCCUUCGCCAGGUACGAGGACUUCCUCAGCUGCGCACAGCUGCUCACCAAGGACGAGGGGGAGGGGACUCUGGAGUUGGCUAAACAAGUGAGCAACCUUCCUCAGGCCAACUACAACCUCCUCAGAUAUAUCUGCAAGUUUCUGGAUGAAGUUCAGGCCCACUCAAAUGUCAACAAGAUGAGUGUCCAGAACCUGGCAACUGUUUUUGGCCCUAAUAUCCUUCGACCACAGAUAGAGGAUCCAGUAACCAUCAUGGAGGGCACUUCUUUAGUCCAGCACCUGAUGACUGUCCUCAUCCGAAAACACAGCCAGCUCUUUGCUGCGACCUCCAUGGAAGAACCUGCCUCACCACACUGCACUCUGCAAGGCACGGCAGAGUGGGGCCCCCACGAGGUCACCAGGGACCACCAGAUUGAGCCUGGCGGCCCUGGCCUGCCCCCACACAGGACCUCAUCUCUGGAUGGGCCAGCCGCAGCAGUGCUCUCUAGAACUUCUCCCCCAGGCAUUGGCAGCCAGGCUGGCCCUGCAGCCACCAGCCCAGGAAAGAGGAUGCAGACUCUGCCUGGCUGGAAGUCUUCAUUCCGGCAGCCAGGGUUCCGGUCAGGGAGCCCAAAGGGGGGCAGCUCAUCCUUAGAGGUACCCAUCAUUUCCUCUGGUGGGAACUGGCUCAUAAAUGGGCUAUCCUCUCUACGAGGCCACCGUCGGGCUUCAUCAGGGGACCGUCUCAAGGAUACAGGCUCAGCACAGAGACUCUCCACCUAUGAUAAUGUGCCCCCACCCAGUCACUUUCCCAGUGCUGCCAGCGUGGCCAGCACAGCAUGGUCUGCAGCCUCGUCCUCCCGAGAGGCCUCAGUCAGCAGCUGCACAGCCUGCCGGGCCAGCGACUCUUCUGCCUGCAGUUCCUUACACACCGAGUGGGCUCUUGAGCCCUCCCCCUUGCCCAGCAGCAGUGAAGACCACAGGUCCCUAGACCUGGGCCACAGCUUGGAUGAAGUAGGUGUGGGCAGUGGCAGCAGUGAGCCUAAUGACCCAAGUAGCCCCACCCAGGCCCAUGCCCAUCGCUGCCGGGUUCUCCAGGAUCAGGUGGCCGAGCUCAGGGCAGAACUGGGCCAGCAGAGGACUGAGUAUGAGAGGAGUCUAAAAAGCAUCGAAGAGGGCAGUGCUGACCUGCGGAAGCAGAUGUUGCUGUUGGAAGAGGAGCUGGAACAGGAGAAGAAGAAGUACGCCAUGAUGGAGAUCAAGCUGCGGAACUCGGAGCGGGCACGGGAGGAUGCAGAGCGCAGGAACCUGCUGCUGCAGAAAGAGAUGGAGGAGUUCUUUGCUACCUUGGGAAGCUUGACUGUCGGGGCCAAAGGGGCCAGAGCCCCAGAGUGAAAGGAGUUGUUAUGUGCCCACAUGUGUCUGCUCUCACGCCCUGCAGGGCUGGCCGCAGGCUGCAGAGGAAGCCAGAAGCCUCGUUUGGGCCAGGCCAUCGGUAGGGCCAUGUGCCCCCAAGCUGGGUGGAGAGAUGAUCCUGACACCCCCGUGGGACUGUCAGGACCCCACACAGUCCAGGCAGGAUCUGGAUGUUGCUCCAAUGGAGAAGGUCCCAGUGGGUGUCAGGAUGGUGCCAAGAGCAGCAAUUAGCUUCUCACUCAGGAAGAGGCCCCCAUAGUCACCCAAACAGAUGGCACCUAAGAGUCGGCCCAAGGCCAGGAACUUUGCGCGCUUUAUUAAAUGUGCUCUGAAAGCA